GCGCAUCGCGGACAUAGAUAAGAUCAUUUUUCUUAUCUUAAGGUACAACAAAAAACAAUUUUUUUUGAAAGAAUCGCUUUUUAAUCGUACAAGUUAAAAUGAUUGUGGUGGAUUGUAUUAAUUAAGAAUUAAACGUGGUCAAGAUAAGGAUUUUCUUAAAAUAAUGUUAUUUUUUUAUAUAAUUAGUUAAUGAAGUUAAAAAAUGAGUGAAAUUUUUAGGCCAUUUUUUAUAUACAUCGUGAUGUUGUGUUCGAUUUCGUUGUGUAUUGAGGAUUCGGACGACAUCUACCACAAUGAUAAACAGUUACUUUUCUUUGAACGAAAUAAUCUCAGCGUUGUAAUUGAAUAUGACGAAUUCUUAGAUCAUUUGCAAUUCCAUUUUAACUGGGACGAUUCUUUGCACGAAUUCUUAAUAGUUACAUUAACACACAUCCCAAGUACCAACACAAGCAUUCAUUGUGGUGUUGACAUCGAAGAAACCAUCUACGGUCCCGAUUAUUUCCUCGGAAGCAGGGACGAACUCAAUUUCGGUUGUACUUAUCUCAUAACAGUUAAUGACAGCUUCGAAAGCCUAUCUUUUAAUUACUCCAUACCUUAUUGUGUCGAUGGAAAAUGCGAUUGCAACCAUUUCCCGCUACCGAUGAACAUUACCGUGGAGUAUCAACGUAAAGACGAAUUUUUAAUUGAAUGGAUUUUUGGGAAUCCCCAAGAUGAAGCGGUUUUAGUGAACGUCACGUUUAUUUCCUACGUAAUUGAGAAUUGCGGCGAUUUUUCUGCAUCUCAAUACACUUUAAUGGAACCUAAAUAUAAAUUAUUAGAUUCGAAUAAUUCCGCUUUGAUUUUUACCGAAAAUCACCCCCAUAUAUGUUUAUUAAUUACCUUUACAAACAAAUUUGGUUGCCCUGAACGAUAUUUGAGGCGAUUAGAAGUCAUAAAACAGGAUGUUUCUCCUUGGCUCAACAUCUCCUACACGUUUAUCUUGGUAAUUAUCUUAUUGGUCAUCAUAGCACUUUGGUACAUCGAUAAAUGCCGAGGAACAAUCAAAGCUUUAUUAAUCUCGAGGUUUUUAAACCGAAGGCGAAGAAACCACAACAUUUACAGCUAUGCUACAGAAACCACGAAAAAGAUCGAAACAAACAAUUUGUUGUACAUCGAAAGCGAAAUUCUCGAAGGAGAGGUCGAUGAAUUCGAAUUUCCAAGAAACCAUUUAAAACUUUUAUACGAAAUUGGAAAAGGAGCCUUCGGCGAAGUUUAUCUUGGAAACGCGCUCGUUAACGGCAAAGAAGAAUCGGUCGCUGUUAAAACGUUGCGAGAAAAAUCUUCGAUUGAAGAGGUCGAAGAUUUCCGAGCGGAAAUCGAUAUAAUGAAGAAAAUCGGGCAACAUCCCAACAUUGUGACGAUGCUGAAAUGUUGCACUCUUCACGAACCGUUUAUGAUGAUUAUGGAAUACGUUCCUUACGGAGAUUUGAAGCAUUACUUAAUGAAUUUGAGAGAUAAGUGGAAGAAGAAGCUAAUUAAUUAUAAUGAUGACGUCUACAAUGGAUCUGGGAUGUAUAUUAACCCAAAUUCGCCGAGAUUUGAGAAAACGAAGAAGCCUUCAACAAGUACCGAAUACACAAAUUUAUCAACAACGCCAACCCCAACAUCCCUAGAUCAAUUCACAUUUGACGUCGAUCAAUCAUCGCUUUUGGACCACACCGAAUUACAACAUUUCGCCCUUCAAAUAGCUUGCGGGAUGGCACAUUUAGAAAAAAUUCCGAUAACCCAUCGUGAUUUAGCGGCAAGAAACAUUUUAAUCGACGCGAAUAAAGUGUUGAAGAUCUCCGAUUUCGGUUUAUCCCGACCUGGGCCAUACAUCAAUAAGAGCCAUAACAAACUUCCAUUGCGAUGGAUGGCUUUGGAGGCUAUCGAAGAGCACAUUUAUGAUAAUAAAAGUGACGUUUGGUCGUUCGGUGUGGUUUUGUGGGAAAUUGGAACGUUAGGCGCUUUUCCAUAUGACACAAUUCCCGAUCGAAUGUUACUUUAUCAUUUGCACGUGGGGAAACGGUUGGAACGGCCGGAAAUUUGUACGGAUGAGCUGUAUUCGUUGAUGUUAAGGUGUUGGUCGGAGGAUCCGAAAUUAAGGCCGACGUUCGAAGAGUUAGUUCAACAAUUAGAUGUAAAUAAAAGUCGAGUUUAUAUUGAUUUUGCGCAAUUAAAUCCGACGUACGUUUUUCCGCCCACAAGUUCGAACCAUAGGUGUGCCAAAAAAGUGGAAGAAUGUCAAAAAAAUAAUGACGAAAUAAUGAUUACGCAAGAUAACGUUGUUAGUGAUAAAGAACAGUAUCUUGAGUGUCCUUAAAAUAGAUACGUUUUAGAUUGUUAAUUUAUUAUUUUAUAUUUGCGAGACAAAUUUGU